ACGGUCCUGUAGCAGAGAACCGGCUUUCUGAAUUCGGGCGGCUCUUCUUUCCUCCUUACGACCCGCUUUGCGGUCCCAAGGUGGCAGCAGCAGCUAUGUACGCGCUGCGCUCUCUUCUGCUUCUGCUGUUGCCCCUCUGUCCCGGUCCUGGUCCUGGACCCGGUAUCGAGGCAAAGGUCACCCGGAGUUGCACUGAGACCCGGCAGAUUCUGGGGGCCCGGGGAUAUAGCUUAAGCGUACUCCCUCCCGCCCUGAUCUCAGGUGAACACCUCCGGAUUUGUCCCCAGGAGUACACUUGCUGUUCCAGUGAAAUAGAGCAGAGGCUGACCUGGGAAACUGAGGCCACCUUCCGAGGCCUGGUGGAGGAGAAUGGUUCCUUCUUGGUUCACACACUGGCUGCCCGACACAGAAAAUUUGAUGAGGUUUUCCGGGAGAUGCUCUCCUCAGCCGAGCACUCCCUGUCCACGCUCUCCCACCGCUCCUUCGGCCGCCUGUAUGCCCAGCACACCCCCUUGUUCAGUGGUCUGUUCUCUCGGCUACGGGACUACUAUGAGAGGUCCGGUGAGGGGUUAGAUGAUGCGUUGGUGGAUUUCUGGGCUCAGCUCCUGGAGAAAAUGUUCCCCCUGCUGCACCCACAGUACAUCUUCUCCCCCGACUACCUGUUCUGCCUCACACGCCUGGCCUCUUCUGCUGAUGACUCUCUGAAGCCUUUUGGGGACUCACCCCGCCGCCUCCGCCUGCAGAUAACCCGGGCCCUGGUGGCGGCCCGGGCCUUUGUCCAAGGCCUGGAGACUGGAAGAAAUGUGGUCAGCGAAACACUUAAGAUGCCGCUGUCCGAAGGCUGCAAGCGGGCUGUGAUGCGUCUGACAGGCUGCCCCCUUUGCCGGGGGGUCCCCUCGCUGCCACCCUGCCGGGGCUUCUGCCUCAACGUGGCCUAUGGCUGUAUCGGCAGCCAAGGACUGGAUCCUGACUGGGGGCCCUAUCUGGAUGGUCUCCUGUUCCUAGCCGACAAGAUCCAAGGCCCCUUUUCUUUUGAGCUGGCAGCCCAGUCCAUCGGGGUGAAGAUCUCAGAAGGCUUGAUGCAUUUGCAGGAGAACAGUGUAGGGGUGUCAGCCCAGGUAUUCCAGGAAUGCGGGAGCCCCCAGCCAGCGCGGGCUCGCGCCCGCCGUGCCCCAGCCCCAAGGGAGGAGGUGGGUCGCUUCUGGUCCGCGGCGGCGGCAGAGGAGGAGCGGCCGACGACGGCUGCAGGCGCCAGCCUGCCCCGGCUGGUGUGGGAGCUCCGCGAGCGUCUGGGCCGGGUGAGAGGCAUCUGGGCCGGGCUGCCCCAGACUGUGUGCGGGGACCCCCGCGUGGCGGCGGACCUCUCGCAGGAGGCGGCGCCUUGCUGGACCGGAGCUGGACCGGGCCGGUACUUGUCGCCCGUGGUCGGCUUCCAGGCCGGGAAGCUCGACAACCCAGAGCUGGAUGCAGAAGCCUCAAGCCCCGACCUCCAGACGCGGAGGCGGCGGCUGCAGCUUCGAGCUACCACGACCAGGAUGAAAGCGGCCGCCCUGGGACGCGACCUGGAGCUGGAAGACUGGGAGGACGCUAGCGGCUCUGGAGAGGGACAGCACUAUGCAGAUGACUGGAUGGCUGGCGCAGCAGCUGUGGCCCCCCCAGCGCGAGCUCCGCGCCCUCCUCGAAGGGAAGGUGCUGGGGGCAAAGGAGGAGGUGUCAUUAUCCGCCACAGCCAGGACCGAACCAGGACUGGAGGGACGUCUGUUGGUUUUCACACACAACCCCUCCUCAUUCUCUUCCUCUUAGCCCUAGCCCUGCUUGGACCUCGAUAACAGGGGAAGGGUGCCCUGGCAUCGGGAGGGUUCAUGGCCCUUCCCCUCUCCCCCAUCAGCUGGGUUGGGAGAGGAGUCGAAGGCGGCUGCAGAGAGGAUAGAGAGGGACGUUUUGGGUGAAUGGCUGGGGCCCCAAAUCCAGGAGAUUUCCAUUGGUGGGUUGGGGGUGGGUGUUCACAAUAUUUAUUUUUUCAUUUGCUAUCUGGGGAGGAAGGACUGGGGGUAUUUAUUUAGGAAGGAGGUAUGGUCUCUCCAACCCAGCCUCCGUGGUUAGGUUGGUGGUGAGCCCCAACAGGGAAAAAGGGAGGAGUUUUUGAGUUGCAGUUGGGAGGGGUGGGGUUUGAAAGAAGUUGAAAGUGGAAUGGGUGGGGCACCCGGUCUCAGAAACUCAGAAAUAGACAAAGCUGGGCGCUUAUGGGGUGCAGGGCAGGGGAAUAGGAUGUCAGGAUCUAUGGGCCUGGAUUCUUUUGAGUUUUUCAGUAUCACUUUCUUAAACUAAAAUAUCAAAAAACAAAGACCCACAUCUCAUGGUCUCUGCCACCCACAUCCUUCACAAGCAUCCCCAUUUCAUGUGUCAGUGUCGAACUCAGUGUUUAUUCUGUCAAUAAAUGGCUAGUUUGUUGGACCCGGUGUGUGACUUUCUGUACCUUUAGCCCCAGAGUCUCUGUGACCAGCAGUUCAUUUUCUGCCUCCUUAUCUUGGAACCUGUCCCCUGGGAUUGAAUUUGGGCAAGCUGUCCACCCUCUGGGUCUGAAUACCUAUCUGCAAAAUGGGGAGAAUUCUGGAGACUAGCAAAACUCUUUUGGACCCAAGGCAUCGUUAAUAUCACCAUACUACCGCUCUCUGCCUUCAGGGUGGGUGGGCCCCCUCGGCCCCCACCUCCUUCUUCUCUGUGAAGUUUUCUCUGGCUACCUUGUCAUAUCUUUGAUAAAGUCUGCUUUCGACUCUGUUACCGUCUUUUUUUCUUUCAGUCGCCUGAAUGAGUCUUCUGUUCUGCAGAAAGCUGAAAGAAAAAGUACAAUUGCAAAAGGAGGGUAGAGUGUCUCCUAAGAGCAGGCUGGGUGCCCUGAAAAAGAAGGAAAGACCUGGGGAAGCAGAGACCCAGAGACGCCGAAUUCGG